AUGGGGUCGACAGAGACCCAACUGCUGACUGUGGGCACUCUCGGGGUGUUCUUCUCCGUGGUCGCUCGACAAGGCGAGAUUGAGAAGCAUCUCGUGUCCUUGCUGGCCCUUUUUGCCCUCGCCAAUGUCUCUCUCGUCGGAUGGGCCCCGGCCUACCUGGGCACCACCACCACGCCCCAAACCCUCUUACGGGUCCUAUUGCUAGAUGGCACCAUGUUGACCGGCCUCUUUGGCAAUAUUGUGCUGUACCGCCUCUUCUUCCACCGUCUGCGCAAGGUGCCGGGUCCCGUCGGGGCCCGCAUCUCGCGCUUCUACGCGGCCCAUCAAACCAUGAAGCACGCGCAGAUGCAUCGUCACGUCCAACGUCUGCACCAGCAGUAUGGCGACGUGGUCCGGAUCGGACCCCGCGAGGUCUCCAUCUGCCGACCCUCGGCCAUCCGGGCCAUCUAUGGCCCCCCCACCCGAUGUACCAAGGGCCCCUGGUACGACCAGGUCACCCACACGGUCGCGAAGAAGACCAUGUUUGGUCUCCGAGACAUCAAACUGCACAACCAGCGUCGCCGCGUGUGGGAUCUCGGCGUCAAAGCGAUCCAUCACUAUCAGGGCCCGUUGCAGGAGCAAAGCCGGUUACUGGUCACCAAAAUCCGGGAGCAGCAUGGCCAACCCAUGGACAUCACCAACUGGAUGAUCUGCUUUGCAUUCGAUGUCAUGGGCCGCAUUGUCCUGGGCACGGACCUGGGGAUGCUGCAAACCGGGCAGAAGAGUGCCGAGCUGCAGCAGAUCGACGAGACCACCCGCUACAUCGCGGUGGCCGGCACCAUCCCGUGGUUGGCGCCGAUGCUGCUGCAGGUGCCCGGCCUGUCCCAGGUGCUCAAUCCGUUCCGCCAUUUCUGUCACGCCGUGCUCGAUGAGAAACGAAAGACCAUGACCAAGGGCAGCGACCCCACGGAUGUCAUUAGCUGGUUGAUCCAGGCCCAAGACAAGGGCGAUCCCAGCGCCCCGCCCACGGACAUGGCGUUGAAAGACGAUGCCUGGCUGGUGAUCGUCGCCGGCAGUGACACCGCGGCCACGGCCUUGACCAACGCGGUCUUUUAUCUGGCGACUCACCCGGCCGCGCAAACCAAGCUGCAACAGGAGCUCGACCAGCGGUUCCCCCACGGCCUCCCGGACUGGUCCUAUGAUGAGGUCAAAGAUCUCAAGUACCUGACCUAUGUGCUCAACGAGACGCUCCGGUUGAAACCCUCGGUGCCGGAUGGUCUCGCGCGCGUCACCCCGCCGCAAGGGCUGCAGGUGGACGACCUCCACAUUCCCGGCGAUGUGGUGGUGUCGGUGCCCACCUUUGCGAUCCACCGCGACGAGCGGUAUUUCGACCAGGCCGACCAGUUCAUCCCGGAGCGCUGGGAGGCGAUCGGGAACAGUGCCAAUGUGCCGUUUAUUCCGUUUUCUCGAGGGGUGUUUGACUGUGUGGGCAAAGGGAUUGCGUGGAUGGAGAUGCGGAUGGCGUUAUCGAUGAUGGUGCUGGAGUACGACAUCCGCCUGGCGGAUGAGACGCAGCGGGCGUUUGACGGCAAAGAGAUGGACAACUUCGUGCUGGCUCUGCCGGCCCUGCGUCUCUGCGGAAAUAAUUCCGCGCGGCGGGGCGGCUCCGAUGGCGUGCAAACCCCCUCAUUUAUGCUCUUUCCUCGGUCGCAUCGAACACAUUUCUUUCCAUCUCAAUCAUUCUCCGAGUAUUAUCGAAAAUAUUCAUACAAAUCCAUCAACAUGGUCCUCAAGCUCUACGGAUUCCCCUUCUCAACCUGCACCCGUCGCGUGCGCAUCGCCCUAGCCGAGAAGGGUCUCGACGCGGAAUUCAUCCCCAUCGACCUGACCAAGAACGCGCAAAAGGCCACCUCGUAUCUCAAUGACCUGCAGCCCUUUGGCAAGGUGCCGGUACUACAGGAUACUGAGACGGGCAUCCAGAUCUACGAAAGUCGCGCCAUCGCCCAAUACAUCGCCACUAAGUACCGCGGGCAAGGCACGGAGCUAGCCCCCCCGGAGACGGAUCUGAAGGCGUUUGCCUAUUACCAGCAGGCCCUCUCCAUCGAACAAUCCUACUUCGACCCGCUUGUCUCGGGCAUCGCCUACGAGAAGGUGUUCAAAGAACGGAAAGGCCACGGUCCCACCGAUGAAGCCCGCGUCCAGGCCCUUUUCGCGCAGCUGGAACUCACUCUCGAGGGUUACGAGCGGGUAUUGUCCAAGCAGCCGUAUCUGGCAGGGGAAGCGGUUACCUUGGCGGAUUUGGCGCAUUUGCCGUAUGGCGUGUUUAUUGAGCCGUUUGGGUUUGCGGAGGUGGUGGGGAAGUUUCCCCGUGUGCGGGCGUGGUGGGAGGGGUUGAAGGGACGGGAGAGUUGGAGGGUGGUUACGGCUUGA